GCGAAGACCGAUAUCGCACUCGCACCGUAUCGUCAUUAGAUUCAAAUUAAUAAGUUCGGUUAAAGUUUUUAGUGCUUUAAUUGCAUAAACUAUGCCCCAAAGUAUGGAAUCUUCGAAUAGUUCACCACCGACCCAUUCGAUCACGUUCCCGGAUAAGAUCGUUGCCUUCGAGUUGUCCAGCUAUGAGUGGUCUCAAAACUUGCUGUGCGUCGCUCUGCCUGACAAACUGAUGCUAGGGGUGGUUCGCUUUCCGGAGGAAAGUGAAUUGGAAUGUUUCGAAUGGAAUCAACUGAAGGAGGUUCACCACGAAAGCCGCUGUCAUGCGGUAGCAUUUGCACCGGAGACAUCGCUGGCCGUACUGCCUAAAGUAGUGAUUAUUUGUACGGCAGGCGCGGAUUACAACUUGCGCAUAUUCAACAGUGAUCUAGAAGACGAUACUACGGUUCAAAUGCUGCAGGGUCAUCGCAGCUACGUAAAUCAGGUCAGCUGGGAUCCGGACGGUGAAUAUCUGGCAUCGUGCGGGGACGAUCACAUGUGUAUCAUGUGGAAACGCAAGGAAAAUUAUUCCAAGGGUUCAACCUUUUUCUUCGGGUCGGCUGUAGUGUCCGCCAAGUGGCACCCGGACGAGACAGGCAAGGUACUUAUUGCCGAAAAGUCCGGAAUUGUGCACCUGUACAAUGUGGAAUCCAAACUGGCGAUACUGUCGGUUGAGAGUAACAAAAAUCCGCUUAAUUACGCAGACUGGAGUCUAAACAAUUCUGCUUUUGUGGUAGCACUAGCGGGUGGUGAGUUGAUUUUUUGGGAUUUGAAGAAACCGAGUAGACCGGUGGAGAACAAGCGUAUCCAUGAAGAUAGUGGGCAUAUCGUCAAAUUUUCUCCUCAUUCAGAGACAAUCGUGGCUAGCGUUGGACGUCCGAGGACCACCUUAAAAGUGAUUCAUUCGAAAAAUCAGAUUCCUCAAAUAGAGGCUAAGCUGCUGCUGUAUGGUGGACUUUGCUGGCACUAUCAGCUGCCAUAUGUUGUGGCUGGGCAGGAUAGGAAACUAUGUUUUUGGAAAAUUUCCUCUUAAUGUUAAUAAAACAAGAAUCUUAAUUAAAAUCAUACAAUUUUUUAGGAAAGUUUUUCAGGCACGGUUACAAAAUGUUCCAUUG